AACCCCAAUAAGCUACCUCACUUCAUCGCGUUCAUCUUUGAUCCUUCUGUUCCUUGAUUAUUGGGGGAAAAGAAAGUACUGAUUUGGCGCCCUCUUUUGGUUGCUCUGGUCUGAACUUCUUUCCCCCUACUCUUCACUCGCAAAGCGAUCAUGGGUUUCUUCUGGCGGUUCAGUAUGAUCAUCGUCUACCAUUUCUUUAUUGCAACCCUCAUCUCCUCGGACCCUUCUUUGAGCUCACCAAACAAGCUCUUUUCGUCGUCCUCCGAAUUUUUAAAUUUUGCCAGGAAGCCUGAGGUUUUUGAUUGGAUGGUCGGAAUCAGAAGGAAGAUACACGAAAAUCCUGAAUUGAGUCGUGAGGAAUUUCAGACGAGUGAGCUGAUCAGACGAGAACUUGAUACAUUGGGCGUAUCAUAUAAAUACCCUGUUGCAGUCACCGGUGUUAUUGGCUAUAUAGGCACCGGUCGACCUCCUUUUGUUGCUUUAAGAGCUGAUAUGGAUGCUCUUCCUAUUCAGGAAAUGGUGGGGUGGGAGCACAAGAGUAAAGUUCCUGGAAAGAUGCAUGCUUGUGGUCAUGAUGCUCAUGUAACUAUGCUUCUCGGUGCGGCAAAGAUCCUCAAAGAGCAUGAAAAAGAGAUCCAGGGAACUGUAGUUCUUGUUUUCCAACCAGCAGAGGAAAAAUAUGGAGGGGCUCAGAAAAUUAUAGAUGCUGGAGUCUUAGAAAAUGUCUCUGCUAUCUUUGGAAUGCAUGUUCUACCAAACAUACUUAUAGGUGAAGUGGGCUCUAGAUCUGGUCCUCUUAUGGCGGGAAGUGGCUCCUUUGAAGCAGUAAUAAGUGGAAAGGGAGGUCAUGCUGCUCUUCCUCAGCAUUCUAUAGACCCCAUUUUGGCAGCUUCUAAUGUGAUUGUUAGCUUACAGCAUCUUGUUUCUCGUGAGGCCGAUCCUUUAGAAUCUAAGGUAAGUGGUGACAUAGCAAAAUUCCACGGUGGUGGCGCAUUCAAUGUUAUCCCAGAUUCUGUCACUAUCGGUGGCACCUUCCGCGCCUUUUCAAAACAAAGUUUUAUGCAACUAAGGCAACGGAUUGAGCAGGUUAUCACUGGACAAGCUGCUGUACAGAGGUGCAAUGCAACAGUUAACUUCUUCGAAGCAGAGGAUACCUUCUCCCCGGCGGUGGUUAAUGACGGAAAAUUGCACGAGCUUUUCCGACAGGUUGCAGGUGACAUGCUUGGUGAAGAAAAGGUUAACGAGGUGAAGCCAAUGAUGGGAGCUGAGGACUUCUCAUUCUAUCAAGAGGUUAUCCCUGGUUACUUCUUUUUUAUUGGAAUGGAGGAUGCUUCUCUUGGACCACUAGAGUCUCUGCAUUCACCUAAUUUCAGAGUCAAUGAAGAUGUUCUUCCUUAUGGAGCUUCACUUCAUGCAUCAUUAGCUACUAAUUAUCUUGUUAAAACUCAACAGCAUGUAAAAGUUGCACAAGGGAUGGCUCAUGAUGAACUAUGAAUCUAGAUUUAUUGGAUCAUUGUGCUGAUAUGAAACUGAAUAGUCAUUGGAAAUUCAUGCUGGCCCAAACUGAGCUGAUAUUAAGCUUUGGUUUGAUAAGGUCACUUCCUGGAAGUGACUGUUGUUA